UCUGCAGCAGCUUGAGUGUUUGGCAGUGGACAUUGAUAGAUAUGCAGAAAGGAAUACGUGAUAGCUGACUUGGACUUGGAGGUAGCUCAGCCCAAAUCCUCUGUCUGUACAGCUUUGUCAGUGGUGACAUCCCUGUACCCGUAUACGUAACAUCAGAUUUCGAAUUAUUUUCAGUGUCAUAUCUGGCUUCAUUAUACCCGUUCACCAUCUGCUAACCGCUACCCGUCUUGAUGCACGUAACAUCUCCGUGUGAUUCUGGAACCUGGCGCCCUUUGAACUCUGACCUGAACUCUGAUCUGGACUUCGAUAAUCACUGCACAGCCUAGCCUUAUCAAGCCCUGUUUUUCGCAGGUCUGGUCUGAGGGUGACAGCGCCGGUGCUAGUUGCUAGUAGACUCACAACACCGGAUUUUGUUGAGCAGCACUGUGCUUCGAGUGUUUUCCACCUGCUACGCCUCGAAGAGUAAAAAGAUUGUGAAGGUUCAAGGAGCGUGAUAGUAAUGGUGUUGGAAAGGGAGCAGCUUGCUUUCUGGUUUUCAGAAUACAAAAGCAAAGCGAUUACGCUGUCCGCUAGCACGUAGAACUAUACUAGAGUAGAGGUGUUCGAGUUGCAGUGUCUGGGGAAUGGAGUGGUUUACGUUUCUUUCCAUUUUCGCUGCUCUGUUAUGCGUCGGCCAUGUCAGGCUUGUUUCCUCACAGGGCUCAGAGUCGACGUCGAAAGCAAUGUAUGGCCCCUGUAAUACGACAGAUAGCUCCUGUAAUGCUACCAACUUCGACGUUAUUCUAGGUGGUCUGUUUCCAUUGCACAAUGUCGUGUGCGAACGUGACCUCUCGCUGGAAUCCUUGCAGUGGGUUCUUGCCAUGGAGCAAGCUGUACGAACUGUGAACCAGGACCGCAUAGUCAGUAGCGGUAACACUGUAGUACGUGUGGGUUACGAGAUUCGGGAUACUUGCCGCUCUGGAAGAGUGGCACUGCAGCAGGUUUUGUCCUUCCUGGGUAUGGGAGGUUCUGCAAGUGCUUCUUGCUCUGCUGGCGAAAUUUCAUCAAACUUUGUUGGAGUCGUUGGUCCUUUCUCCAGUUCAGUCAGCAUUCAGGUCACCAGACUGUUGCAAUUCUUCAACAAGCCAAUGGUCAGCUUUGGAUCCACUAGUCCCCAACUCAGUGAUAAGGGUAAAUACCCGUAUUUCCUGCGGACACUGCCAUCCGACACGUUUUUGGCCCGUGCCAUAGUGCGCGCGGCCCGACAGCGCGGCUGGACAUUCAUUAACAUUGUAUUCACAGAGGACGCAUUUGGCCGGGACGGCACAGCGUCUGUUGUCAAGGAAGCGCAGGCGGCUGGAAUCUGCGUGGCUAGCAGGACAGGCCUGCGAGAGGUUGCCACCUACACCAAUGCCGAGGGUCUUGUGGACUAUCAUAAAGCAUGGACCACACUUCUGGACGUGUCUCCUAACAAUAACAGUACGGUUACGGUUCUCUUCACGCAGGAAACGAAUACCAGACACUUCUUCUUAUAUGGGCAGAAGAAUAGUACGGUACGGGACAGGGCUUUGGCCAAGAACAUCACUUUUCUUGGCGUGGACUCGUGGGGUGAUAUAUUGACCGCGGUUGUGGACAUGAAUAGAAUGCCUUUGCAGACGGCGCUGGGCGCAGCCAGUCCUAUUCCGUUCAACAAGAUUGUAGCAUCGUUUGAUGCUCACCUGACGAAUGGAACACCUAGCGAGCCCUAUGAUCAGUUCAACCCAUGGCUGCAGGAAGCGUGGAACCAGACUUUCCAGUGUGAUGUUCUGACUGACAUGACAUGCAGACAGUCAAAUCGUCUUACCGCCCAGGCCGACUAUGUUCAAAGCAGCAAGGUAGCCAUGGUCUAUGAUGCAGUGUAUGCAUUCGCCUACGCUCUCCGGGAUAUUCUCAGGAACACGACUCUCUGCCCAUCAGCACAAGCAACAUGUCCGGCCCUCAGAGAUGGCAAGUUCCUUCUUGAGGCCUUGCAGAAAGUAAGAUUUGCUGGGCAGAAUUCUGACAGCUUCGAGUUCAACAAAAACGGCGAUCCCCUGGAAUCCAAGUAUGCGGAGAAGAACAUGGUGUACGACGCCAGCAGCCAGCGUGUCAGUUUCCCCACUGUGGGAAUCUAUAGUGCGGUUGAAACAGGUCGCAAUGUAUCCAGCUGUGUGCUGCUCAGAGACUACCUGUACAGUGAUGGUGUGUGCUAUAACGUAUCGUUUUCAACCUCUACUGGCAGCACAAUUGUCUGGAACGAUGGGACUUCCAAUACGCCAGUCUCCAUCUGCUCAGAAGACUGCGCUCCUGGGCAGGAGCGCAGGAGAAAGAAGCGCACAGAGCAGAGUGACUUGACGUGUUGUUGGCAAUGCACUGACUGCACCGGCCACAUGUUCUCCAACGAAACAAAUUCCGACGACUGCCUGUCAUGCGCGGCUACCGAGAAGGUGGUCAGUAACACGGCAAGUAAAAAUGUGCAGUGCCGCACUCUACCUGUUUAUAUGUAUACCAUCACACAUCCACUGGCCUUGGUUGUCGCUGUUCAGGCAGCGAUCACCAAGAUUGCUGUGGUUGCCAUGCUUGUAGCUCAGUGUCUGUGGUGGGAGAAUGAUCAGUACUUGCCAUGGCCGGUGAAAGCCGUACCCACUGCCAUAUCGUUGGUAGGCAUCUUUAUUACGCUCGUCGCUGCACAGCUGUUUGUGCUGCGUCCGUCGGCGUUGAUCUGUUCACUGCAUUUCUCGCUGGUGACAGGUGGCCUGACCCUGGCCUUGGCGCCGAUCAUUAUCUUUGUUUGGGAAUGGUAUACAACCAGCACUGACUUUUUCCACGAGGAGUUCUCUGCUGAUUCAACAUUUUACAUGCGCAACCGCGCAGCGACCAGUCAGGGUCAAAUUAACAGCCAGCAAGUACCGGAAAUUCAGGACGAUCCAGUUGAUGAUCCGAUUGCUGAUCCAACUACUGAUGGUGUCCAGCAACCCGAGAGUAAAACUGACUCUCUCACUGAUGAGAUGAGACAGAGCCUCUCAAAGCUCGCAGCAGACGCAACGCCAAGCCCACCGGAAGGGUACACCCUGUUUUCGUGGCUCAAGUCCAUGAUGGUGUUUGUUUUACUUUACGGCUGCCUCCUUACUGCUUCCAUGUUUCUGAAAGCCGGUGACAUCAAAGAUGGCAUCCUGCCCCAUGCUGAGCGAACCCUAACUUGCAGUGACUCGGGGCCUGUUCUGUUUGGCUUUGGCUGGAUUGUUUUGUUGCUGAUGUUGUUGGUGUGCGUCUCACUGAUAGCUAUAAAAUCCACUAAGGGAGAUGACAACACUUUCGAAGCGGAUCUCGUCAAAACAGCACUCUUCAGCGUUCUCAUUUGCACCUUGUGUGUAGUUGCCUGUACUGCCGUAUACACAUCGGAGCCCAUUGCUGUCAUUCGAAAUGGCUCGUUCAGUCUAGCUUCCUGCCUCAUCAGUUUGUCUUUGAUUGGAGUAGUCCACGGGCCUCGUUUCUAUUACAUAUAUCGCCACCGGCUUCAAUUGAGGCGGAAGCAUGAAGAGGAGUUGACUGAAGAUACAGUCGUAACCAUGGGAGACAUGUCCCAUUCACAAGCCACCCCGCAAAACUCUCUGCAAACGCCGCUUUCCGCGCGCCGCCUGGACAAAGCUGUCAUUGCCGAAUCACCAUUGGCAAGGUCGUAACGGAUUUGACAAUACAUGCAUGUGAGUGCAUGUCUGUGUAUCUGCACGGUUCACGCCCUGUGUUGGAAAUGGUGCAAGAUUAGCGUCGCUGCCAUUCUACUUGUGUUUCUCUCAGCACCCAGCGUGAGCUAGAUGUUACUUUCAACUAUUCAGCAAGCUUCCCACCUUUUAAUCGACCUGUGUACCUGCUGGCGUUUGUGCUCGUGUGUGUGUGCUCGUGUGUGUGUGUAUAUGUGUGUGAGUGCGAGCGCAUGCGCGGGCACACACGCAAGCUGCAGCUACGGAAUUAGUCAGCAUUGCCUCGCGCUGUCUGCAUGCAGGCACAUGUCACUUGCUGCCCGUCUCACAUAUCCUUACAGCCCAUCGUGCCCUGUCAGGUAUCCAAGCAGCUUUCAAGUAUAAUAUGAAUAGGGUUAUGCUUUGUUUUGUUUUUUUAAUUUUAUAUCCACAUUACACAUGCUAUUGUUUGGAAUAGCAUCAUACUUCAUACAAACAUGUGCCAUCCUGCUUUACAUAGAAAGGUUCUUCCCUUGUAGUCCCCCAUAGCUAUGUGCAUGUUGUGCAAUGGCCAGGCCGCUUUCCAUGUGCUGUUUCUUUUUACCGUUACAAAUGUCACCCUGUAAAGAUUGCUAGUGAAGGCUGCAGAUUGCCUAGCUCUCGCCUUGCUGUGCUACGUACUUCAAACAGGCAUGUGGAAUGUCCAUAACGUUAGUGUUUCAGAAAUAUUUAUUACCGCUACUUCUCUAGUCGGUGAAGAGAAAGGAGUGUUGCUCACAGUGAA